AGCCCAGACUGUGUGGGUUCAGCCGGGCGGGGCAGUAAAGGGUUAAAGAGGGUGCUUCUGCUGCUCCUCUAGUCUGUUUGUUCAGUCUUUCUAGCGCGACAACGAACUCACUGACAGCAGCUCAACGGGAUCUUCCUUACGACUCGACACAAAAGAGAGCACCAAUCAUGGGGAAAGGAUGCAUUGCCGCCACCAAGUACUUCCUGUUCUUGUUCAACCUCCUCUUCUUUAUCUUUGGAGCUGUAAUCAUGGGCUUUGGACUAUGGGUCAUCCUGGAUAACCAAAGUUUCAUCACGGUUUUGCAGGAGUCAUCCACAACGCUGAAAGUUGGCGCCUACAUCCUGAUUGGGAUUGGAUCUCUGUCAAUGCUUAUGGGCUUCGUUGGCUGCAUUGGUGCCAUUUAUGAGGUCCGCUGCCUGCUUGGAUUGUACUUCACCUGCCUCCUCCUCAUCCUCAUCGCACAGGUGACGGCCGCAGUCCUCAUCUACUUCCAGAGAGACCGGCUGAAACACGAGAUGUCCACUAUUGUGAACACAGUUCUGGUGAACUACACCGGUCAUAACAAGACAUCGGAGCACGCCUGGGACUACCUCCAGAGAACGAUGAAGUGCUGUGGUUGGACUGGACCGUCUAACUGGACGGAGAAUCUGCUGAUAAAGAGUCAAAAGAACAAUUCUCAGAUUCUAUAUCCAUGUUCCUGCAGAAAUGAUUCCAUCAGUGGCACAGAUAUAAAAGAAAGAGGCCUGUGUGAAGCUUUGUCCGCUGAUUGGCCGGUCUUCACUACGGGUUGUGUGUCAAGUGUGGAGGACUGGCUCCUAAGGAACUAUGGAGUUAUUCUGGGAGUCCUCAUUGCCAUCGCAGUGAUUGAGCUUUUAGGGAUGAUGCUGUCCAUGUGCCUCUGCAAAAGUGUCCAACAGGAGGAUUACACCAAAGUACCCAAAUACUGAGAGCCAACCCCCCUUCAGUGACUGUGUCACAGUGUCACACCUCAGAAAACACCAGUGUUACCGUCUCUCAACACCAGCAACAACAACUGAAACCAAGCAGACCAGACGACAUCGAUCACCCCCCGACACACACACACACACACACGUUCUUCACUUUAUUAUCCCCUUGUUUAAGAUCAACGUUUUCCGUUGAGAAUUCUUUUAUCUUUUUUUUUCUUUUAAAGAAACUAGUGUUUGUUUGUUUUUUCUUGUUCGUGCUCUGCAGGGCCUGAAUAGCUUCAUGUUUCGUGUGUAUAGAUACAUAUACUGUACGCUGACUGUUGCAUUUACGCUUUAUAUUGUUAGUUGUAUCUGAGAGCACUUUAGUGAAUAGAGAGUUUGAAAUGGCAUUAGCUACUUUUACAGUAUUUUUAUAAUCUAGAGGGGCAAAUCAACACUUUUUUUUUUUUUUUUUUUUUUUUUUUUUUUUUUACCUAUUAGAAUUUUUUUAUUUGUAUGAGAAUUGUGUACUUUCAAUUCAGUUAUGUAUAUAAAUACGAUUGACAUACUUCAGUGAGGUUUAUUCUUAUUAAAUAACUACAUCCUAGUUAUGGCAGCACUUGAUGGUGGCUUUCCUGCAUGUAAGUGACGUGUUAUUAGCCGGGGCUGGGUCCCUCAGGGUGGAGGCAGGUGUGGUGUGGGUAAAGAUGGCUGCGGUUGAGGAAUGCUAGGGUAAAUGACAAGCCUGAAGGCUAGAAGGGCGUAUUAGAGCGUUUCUUGUGGUUUACAUGUGAGUCGGCCUGCAUCGCUCUGUGGAUCAGGGUGUGUAUGGGGAGUUAGGUUGGAUACGUAUCCCACAGAUCCCUGCUAUGCUGGUGUGGGUAAAACAGCUGUUGAAGAACAUCUAGAACAGGCAUUAGAUAGCUCCAGCUGAAAAUCCACAGACGUAACAUCUGUCUUCCUGUUACUGACCCAUUUCAGCUCAACCAAAACAGGUCUCGUGUGAUGAAGUUGUGCGAGACUUUUUAAUCUUUGCGUUUCUUCUUUUUAAUAUUUUUGUGUCUAUGGUUUUAUUUCGAGUGAAGCUGAUGUAAACGGAGUCAUCUCUUUGAGUUUAGUAAGCCUGGUGUUGUUUACAUCAGUAGUUGUUCUCUGGGCCGUGUUAGUGUUAGUUCGGAAAAGAAGCAAUCAAAGUUUCUUCUUGAGAAAGGUGAGAGAGAAGAAUGAUCAAGUCGUGUCUGUAAGGCCAUUUCCAAACACUUAGCUUUUCGAUAAGAAUUCUCUCGAGCUCUCUCCUUUAAAAAAAACAACUGCAAUUUGUAUUGUAGAGAUAUACCUAGAAGAGACCAAGAAAUUAGUUAUUUCUUUUUAGGAGUUGUCACAUUUCAAGAUGAUGAAUAUUUUUUAUUAAGCCUUUUGUUUUUUUUGUUUUGUCUAGAAACUGUCUCCUAGAACUCUAGUUUAAAACUUUGUAUUUCCGAGGUAAAGUGAAGAUGAAGGGCUUUUUUCCUGCAUUAUUAUACUAAAUUUUCUGUUUAUCUGGGAAGCCGUGAUUUAUGUAGUGUUUUCCAGUGACUUUAGUACAAAACAUGUCUAUGCAAUAGUUAUAAGUUGGAUUAAAAGAAAACUUGGACACAGUA